AUGCAUUACACUUCUUCGGCCGGCGCCCCUCCUCGCUCGGCGCCGCUCCGGCCGCCGCUGCCCGACACAAGCGGGGAAGAGCCAACAGAACGCGACCUGGCUGUCACGCCGGGCACGGACCCAAGCGGCACCCCCGUCCCAGCGCAUCGCAUCGCCCGCCCGGGCCGCGUCUCCCCGACCACCUCCCGCCCGGCGCCGUCGACCGGGCUUGAACGGGAACCGGGGGCGGCCUCGCUGCGGAGCCCCUGCCCGCUCUCCCCGGCACACCGACAGCGGCUGCCGGGGCUACUGCAGCGGGGCCGCGACCCCUCGAGUCUCCCGGCAGCGGCCCCCGCGGCUGCGCGGGGCACAAGCUGGGCUCCGGGUCCCGGCAGCCAUGCCCUUGUCUCCCUCCCGGGCACGGAGCCGGGGCCCGGCGGGGCGGCGAAGCGCGCCGAGGGACCGGGAGCGGCAGCACCGAGCCCAGCUCCGGCUGAUGGACGCUCCAGCCCCGCAUGGCUGCAGCUGCAGCUCCAGCCCCGUGUGAUUUCGGCUCCCGAUGCCGCCCGCUCCAGUUUCCAGCUCGCCUUUCGCACGGGCUCAGGGACCCGCCGGCUUGUUGCAGCUCCGGCUCCUCCACGCUCCGGCCGAUGGACGUCCCACCUCGUCCCACCCCUGCCCGCUCCUGACAGCCCCGGGGGCUUUUGUCCAGCUCCGGCCCUGCGUCAUUUUGGGCCCAGCCGAGACACCGGACGUUCCCGUUUCUCACAGCUCCAGCCCUACAGCUCCUCCCAGCUCUGCCCAAUGGACGCUCGAGCCCUGCGUGAGCUCCUGCUGCUUCCAGCUCCAGGCGCCGGACGCUCGGCUGGUUCCCCUCCUGCUGAUGGGCCCCCAGCUCGGAGUCAGAGCUGCUCCCCAGCUCUGGGGGCUGGUGACGAGGUCGUAAAUCAAUCACUGUCAUCGCUCAAGUACCACCCCUGUCUGCCCCUUGAAUAAAGCCUCGGUGCCCCCAUUUUCGCCCAGAGACUAUCUCAGA